AUAUUUUCGAAGGCUUAAAUUGUAUUGCAUUUGCAAGUUAAGGCGAAUUUACCGAUACCACUGUUUCAUCUUCAUCAAUUGCAGAGUUGCAUACGCAAUAGACCGAUAGUUACCAUAGUUACGCGAAAAUAUCGAUAGUGUCAGCGUCAGUCUACUCAACGGAGAUUCACGUCGGCCGCGUUUUCUGAGGGCAAUAAAACUUUUUGCCUUAGACUUGUGCAACGUACAAAUAAAUAUAAAUAUCCACGCCAAAGCGAACGAUUGCGCGCAAAAAUAUCUCGAGCUAUAAAAGCAUAAGCAUAAUAAGCAGCAAGUGACCGUAAAAAUGUCGUCUAAAUCUCGACGCGCUGGCACCGCGACGCCGCAGCCCGGCAGCACCUCGACCCCGCGCCCCCCAUCAUCUGGGCCGCAGCAACAGUCGACGUCGUCGCAGUCGCAGCAACAGGCGAGCAGCCCGUUAAGCCCCACGCGCCACUCGCGCCUCGUCGAGAAGGUCGAGCUGCAGAAUCUGAACGAUCGUCUGGCCUGUUAUAUAGAUCGUGUGCGCAAUCUGGAGACGGAGAACUCACGUCUCAGCAUUGAGGUGCAAACGACACGUGACACCGUUACCAGAGAGACGACCAACAUUAAGAAUAUCUAUGAGACGGAACUGCUCGAAGCACGUCGCAUGCUCGACGAAUUGGCACGCGAACGUGCACGUCUAGAGAUUGAUACCAAGCGCCUGUGGGAAGAGAAUGAGGAGCUGACCUCGCGUCUGGAUAAAAAGACCAAGGAAUGCAGCGCUGCUGAGGCCAAUGCCCGCAUUUUUGAGUCGCGUGCCAAUGAACUAAGCAAUAAAUAUACCCAGGCCAAUGCCGAUCGCAAGAAGGCAGUUGAUGAUUUAAAUGAGGCGCUAAAGGAGCUAGACCGUCUGCGUAAGAAUCUAGAGGACUCGCGCAAGAAUCUCGAACAGGAGACAUUGGCGCGCGUUGAUCUCGAGAACAAUAUACAGAGUUUGCGUGAGGAGCUCUCCCUCAAGGAUCAAGUGCACGUCCAGGAGAUUAACGAAUCGCGUCGCAUACGUCAAACCGAAUACAGCGAAAUCGAUGGACGUCUGUCGUCCGAGUAUGAGGCCAAGCUGCAGCAAUCGCUGCACGAGCUGCGUAGCCAAUACGAAGAGCAGAUGCGCAGCAAUCGUGAAGACAUCGAAUCCCUGUACGAGGCCAAGAUACGUUCGCUGCAGGAUGCGGCCUCGCGCACCCACAAUUCAUCGCACAAGUCCAUCGAGGAGCUGCGCAAUUCGCGCAUCCGCAUCGAUGGACUCAAUGCUAAAAUCAAUGAUCUGGAGUCAACCAAUGCGAUGUUGAAUGCCCGCAUACGUGAGCUGGAACAGCAGCUGGACAUUGAUCGCGAGCGUCAUGGCAAUGAUAUUGCAAUGCUCGAAAAGGAGCUGCUGCGUUUGCGCGAGGAAAUGGCACAUCAGCUGCAGGAGUAUCAGGACUUGAUGGACAUCAAGGUCUCUUUGGAUUUGGAAAUCGCUGCCUACGACAAGCUGUUGGUGGGCGAGGAGGCGCGUCUGAAUAUAACGCCCGCCAAUUCGGCUACCGUACAAUCGUUCAGUCAAUCGUUGCGCAGCACCCGUGCCACGCCCUCACGUCGCACCCCAUCGGGCGCACUGAAGCGGAAGCGUGCCGUUGUCGAUGAGUCAGAGGAUCGCAGUGUAUCCGAUUUUUAUGUGUCUGCCAGUGCCAAGGGCAACAUAGAAAUCAAAGAGAUCGAUCCCGAGGGAAAAUUCGUGAAGCUGUACAACAAGGGCAACGACGAAGUCUCCAUUGGCGGCUGGCAGCUGCAGCGUUCAAUUAAUGAUUCCGGACCGGCGACAACCUACAAGUUCCAUCGUUCGGUUAAAAUCGAACCGAACGCCACGGUGACCGUUUGGUCAUCCGACUCGAGGGCCACGCACGAGCCACCAUCCAAUAUCGUGAUGAAGCAACAAAAGUGGAUUACGGGCGACAAUACAAAGACGACUCUGUUGAAUGGCGAUGGUGAAACGGUUGCCAAUUUGGAGCGCAUCAAGCGCAUUGUCUCCACACAUGUGUCCUCCACACGUCUCAGCCGUCGGCGCAGUGUCAGCGCCGUUGAUGGCAACGAGCAGCUGUACCAUCAGCAGGGCGAUCCCCAGCAGGGGGGCGAGAAGUGCGCGAUUAUGUAAUAGCAGCCGAGCAUAUAAUGAUACACAGCCAGACAAGCACACACAAACAAACAACAACAAACAAAUAAACAAAACAAACAGACAGAAGUAUAUUAUCAUCUAAGUUAUUAUUUUUGUGGCUACCCUAAGUAGUAAAAGAAAAAGAAAAAGAAAGGAAAACAACAAACAAAACAGAAGCCAAGCAACUAAUUUAUUCAAUUGUAAAACUUGCAGAAUAAUUUCAUGUCUUUAUUCUUCCACAUGUUUACUAUAUAAUUUCUGUGCUUUACCUAAGAAACCCCCCCAACCCACUCGCCCACAACAUUUCCUUUGUGUUUAUCAACAAAAAUGACAAAUAAUUUACGUUACAUGUUCGAAUUCAGAUUUUUUUAUAUUGAAAAAGCAAACCCCAAAAAAAAAACCCACCCACGUACAAUCUUAAUUUAACAAUAAGCAAGUUUUGUAAACUUUAUUUGGUAUAUUUAAUUAUGUUGCUUAAUUGCACAUACAUAUGCCACAUAGAAUUUACAAAAAAUACUCAAUAUUCAACUCGAUAAUUUUUUGUACUUGUGCAUUCAAGUGCUUUGCAAAUGCUGAGUUGACAGCAUUUUCGAUGCAUUUGGAGCUUCUUCUUCAUUUAAAUAUAAAUAUACUUAUAAAUAUAUAUAUAGUUUUAUAAGCAGAAAAUUAAACAUACUACGACGAGCUCAUGUUAAAACUAAUUAAACGAAAAUAUCAAUAAAAAUCAGUAAAAAUGUAACAA